UCGGCAUAACCUCGCAUGUUAUUAUUGCGCGUUUUCAUCUGUUAUUAACAAAUAUAAAACAAUUUUCAGGAAAUAAAUGAGUUAUCCUUGUGUUUAGUGAUAAAAUAAAAGUUUACCAUGGCGGAUGCUGCUGCUAGGCAGCUGCAGUACGAAUAUAAAGCUAAUUCUAACCUCGUACUCCAAGCUGAUGUGCGCUUGAUUGAGCGUCGUGGACGUGAUGAGGCUACUGGAGAGGUGCUCUCGCUGUCGGGGAAGCUCGGCGGCACCCGCAUGGGUGACCGCGCGCAGCGGACCAAGCCUGAUAAGGCUGAGGAGCGGAAGGCCAAGCGACAGAAGCGUGACGAAGCAACAUACGAGCUGACCAAGUCGAAGUCCUCCCGUGCUGCAUGGGCAGAUGACACGUCAGGUGUGUUGUACAGGCCACGAGCCCAGCACACCAGGCACGCUUACGAGCUGCUGCUGUCCUUCAUGCAGAGUGCGCUCGGUGACCAACCCCGUGAUAUCCUGUGCGGAGCUUGUGAUGAGGUACUAGUAGUCCUGAAGAACGACAGGCUGAAGGACUUGGAGAAGAAGAAAGAGAUAGAGUUGCUGUUGGGUCCCAUCCCCGACGAGAGAUUUGCACUGCUUGUCAAUUUGGGCAAGAAGAUAACGGAUUUCAACAUAAGCUCGUCAGCGGACGGAAACUCCGAGAUCGAUGAGACGUACGGCAUAAACGUGCAGUUUGAGGAGUCCUCCGAGGAGGACGAUGAAGACGCUUACGGAGAGGUCCGCGAGGAGGACAAAGAAGAGGGCGAGGGCACAGACAAUGAGAAGGAAAAGGAAAGCAGCGGCGAUGAGGACAGCGACGGGGAGGGCAAGAGGGCCAUACAUGCUAACCUCUCAGAGGAACAGUCCCAGAAGCGGCGCGACGCUACCCUACACCCGAUGGACAUCGACGCUUACUGGCUGCAGCGUCGACUCUCCCGACACUUCCCCGACGCGAUGCUCAGCCAGGCCAAGGCCAGCGAGGUGCUCAAAGCGCUAGCAGACGCGGCCGACGACAGGGACCUGGAGAACAGACUGGUGCUGCUGCUCGGGUACGACUGCUUCGAAUUCGUAAAGGUGCUCAACAAGUACAGAUACACCAUACUGUACUGCAUCAAGCUAGCGUCAGCGCAGUCGGAUGGUGAGCGGCAGUCCAUCAGGGAUGAGAUGUCUCGCCAGCCACACCUGCAGAAGAUACUGGCGCAGCUGGAGACCGGCAAGGGAGAUGACGAGACAGCGACGCAAUCGGAGGCGCCGCGCAAGCGCCACAAGUCGGAGGCAGAGGUGGGCGCCGCGGGCGGCCAGGUGGGCGGCGCGCGGCGCGUGGUGCAGCUGGGUGACCUGGUGUUCGCGGCCGGCAGCCACUUCAUGGCCAACAAGCGCUGCCAGCUGCCGCCCGGCUCCUUCCGCAAGCAGAGGAAGGGUUACGAGGAGGUCCACGUGCCGGCGCUGAAGCCGAAGCCGUUUGAAGACGACGAGACGCUGGUGCCCAUCGAGAAGCUGCCGAAGUACGUGCAGCCGGCGUUCGAGGGGUUCAAGACUCUGAACCGGAUACAGAGUCGCAUAUCGAAAGCGGCUUUGGAGACAGACGAGAACCUGCUAGUUUGCGCUCCGACAGGCGCCGGGAAGACCAACGUGGCGCUGCUCUGUAUACUGAGGGAAGUUGGCAAGCAUGUCAACGAAGACGGCACCGUGAACGCGCACGACCUCAAGAUGAUAUACGUCGCGCCAAUGAGGUCGCUGGUACAGGAGAUGGUGGGCAACUUCAGCAAGCGGCUCGCGUGUUACAACAUGAAGGUGUCCGAGCUGACGGGCGACCACCAGCUGACGAGGGAGCAGAUCGAGGCCACGCAGCUGAUCGUGUGCACGCCGGAAAAGUGGGACAUCAUCACCAGAAAAGGUGGCGAGCGUUCGUUCACGAACCUGGUGCGUCUGAUCAUCAUCGACGAGGUGCACCUGCUGCAUGACGAGCGCGGGCCCGUGCUGGAGGCGCUUGUGGCGAGGACGCUGCGCACCGUCGAACAGACGCAGGAGGAGGUCCGCCUGGUUGGUCUGUCCGCCACACUACCCAACUACACGGACGUCGCCGCCUUCCUCAGAGUACGUCCGGAACACGGACUCUUCUACUUCGAUAACUCAUUCAGACCGGUAGCGCUGGAACAGCAGUACAUCGGCGUGACGGAGAAGAAGGCGCUCAAGAGAUUUCAGGUGAUGAACGACAUCGUUUACGAGAAGACCAUGGAACACGCUGGCAGGAACCAGAUUCUAGUGUUCGUGCAUUCACGGAAGGAAACCGGCAAGACGGCGCGUGCUAUACGCGACAUGUGUUUGGAGAAGGACACCCUGGGACAGUUUUUGAGGGAAGGCUCGGCAAGUAUGGAAGUGCUGCGUACAGAGGCCGAGCAGGUGAAGAACCCGGAACUCCGAGAGCUGCUGCCGUACGGAUUUGCCAUCCACCACGCCGGCAUGUCUCGUGUCGACCGCACGCUCGUCGAAGACCUGUUCGCUGACAGACACAUACAGGUACUGGUGUCGACGGCGACAUUGGCCUGGGGCGUGAACCUGCCGGCACACACGGUGAUCGUGAAGGGCACGCAGGUCUACUCGCCGGAGAAGGGCCGCUGGAGCGAGCUGGGCGCGCUCGACGUGCUGCAGAUGCUGGGCCGCGCCGGCCGCCCGCAGUACGACACUAAGGGAGAGGGUAUUCUGAUUACAAACCACUCGGAGCUGCAGUACUACCUGUCGCUCCUGAACCAGCAGCUGCCAAUAGAGUCGCAGCUGAUCAGCAAGCUGCCGGACAUGCUCAACGCGGAGAUCGUGCUGGGCAGCGUGCAGAGCGUGAGAGACGCGGUCACUUGGCUGGGCUACACGUACCUGUAUAUACGGAUGCUGCGCCAGCCGUCCCUGUACGGGAUAUCCCCUGAGCAGCUACAAGAGGACUCGCUGCUCGAGUUGCACCGCGCCGACCUCGUACACACCGCUGCUAGCUUGUUGGACAAAGCUGGUCUCAUAAAGUAUGAGCGUAAGUCGGGGCACUUCCAGCCGACGGAACUCGGCCGCAUCGCUUCCCACUACUACUGCACGCACGAGACCAUGCAGGCGUACAACCAGCAGCUGAAGCCCACCCUCGGGGAGAUCGAGCUGUUCAGAGUCUUCUCUCUGUCGGCUGAAUUCAAACACAUCGCCGUCAGGGAGGAGGAGAAAUUGGAGCUGCACAAGCUGAUGGAGCGGGUACCGAUACCAAUAAAGGAGAGCAUAGAAGAGCCAUCGGCGAAGAUCAACGUGCUGCUCCAAGCGUACAUAUCUCAGCUGAAGCUGGAAGGGUUCGCGUUGAUGGCGGACAUGGUGUACGUGACGCAGUCGGCCUGCAGACUGCUGCGGGCCAUAUUCGAGAUUGUUCUGCAUAGAGGUUGGGCGCAGUUGGUAGACAAGACUCUAGCGCUGUGCAAGAUGGUGGAUCGCCGCAUGUGGCAGUCUAUGUCGCCGCUUAGACAGUUCCGGAAGAUGCCUGAAGAGGUAAUAAAGAAACUGGAGAAGAAGAACUUCCCGUGGGAGAAGCUGUACGAGCUGGGCCCCAACGAGAUAGGCGAGCUGGUCCGCGCGCCCAAGCUGGGCAAGAUGAUCCACAAGUACGUGCACCAGUUCCCCAAGCUGGAGCUGGCCACGCACAUCCAGCCCAUCACGCGCGCCACGCUGCGCGUCGAGCUCACCAUCACGCCAGACUUCCAUUGGGACGAGAAGAUACACGGACAAUCGGAGGCGUUCUGGAUCCUCGUGGAGGACGUGGACUCCGAGGUGGUGCUGCACCAUGAGUACUUCCUGCUCAAGCAGAAGUACUGCAAGGAUGAGCAUCAGGUGAAACUGUUCGUCCCUGUAUUCGAGCCCCUGCCGCCGCAGUACUUCUUGCGAGUCGUUUCGGACAGGUGGAUAGCAGCGGAGACCCAGCUGCCGGUGUCGUUCCGGCACCUGAUCCUGCCGGAGAAGAAUCUGCCGCCCACCGAGCUGCUGGACCUGCAGCCGCUGCCGAUAUCCGCUCUGCGGAACCCCAAGUUCGAGGAGCUCUACAAUGACGUCUUCCCGCAGUUCAACCCCGUUCAGACGCAGGUGUUCAACGCGAUAUACAACUCUGACGACAACGUGUUCGUGGGCGCGCCGGGCGGGUCGGGCAAGUCGGUGCUGGCCGAGCUGGCGCUGCUGCGGCUGCUGGCGGCCGGCGGCGGCCGCGCCGUCUACCUGCUGCCCAAGGACGCGCUCGCCGACAUCGCCUUCGCCGACUGCUACCACAAGUUCGGCGCGCGGUUCAACUUGAAGGUGGUUCAGCUGACUGGCGAGACGGCGACGGACCACAAGCUGCUGAACAAGGGACAGAUCAUCAUCACCACCGCUGAGAAGUGGGACGUGCUCUCCAGAAGAUGGAAGGUACGCAAGUCUGUGCAGAGCGUGUCCCUGUUUAUAGUGGACGCUCUGCAGCUGCUCGGCGGCGAGGAGGGACCCGUGCUGGAAGUGGUCUGCUCACGGAUGCGGUACAUAGCCUCGCAGAUUGGUCGCCAGAUCCGCAUAGUGGCGCUGUCGCUCCCGCUGGCGGACGCCCGCGACGUGGCGCAGUGGCUCGGGUGCUCCGCCAACUGCACCUUCAACUUCCACCCCAGCGUGCGCCCGCUGCCGCUCGAGCUGCACAUACAGGGCUUCAACAUAUCUCACGCGGCGUCCCGCCUGGCGGCGAUGACGAAGCCCAUAUACAACGCUGUGGUGCGUUACGCGGGCACCAAGCCGUGCUGCGUGUUCGUGCCCUCGCGGCGACACAGCCGCCUACUGGCCGCUGACCUGUUGGCUUUAGCCGCGGCUCAAGGGAGGCCCACCAGGUUCCUGCACGCGAGGCCGGACCUCAUACAGCCCUUCCUGGACAAGAUACAUGAUAAGAUGCUGAAGGAGACGCUGGCGGCGGGCGUGGCGUACCUACACGAGGGCGUGGAGGCGGGCGACCGGCGCGUGGUGCAGCAGCUGCUGGAGUCUGGCGCCGCGCAGCUCGUGGUGGCGGCUGCCGAGCUCGCCUGGGCCUUCGCCGCGCACACGCACACCGUCAUCGUCGCCGACACGCACACUUACAACGGCAAGCUGCACUCGUACGAGCAGUACCCGAUCACGACGGUGCUGCAGAUGCUGGGCCGCGCGUGCCGCCCCCUCGAGGACGAGCACUCGGUCGCCGUGCUCAUGUGCGUCGCGCACCACAAGACAUUCUUCACCAAGCUGCUCAACGACUGCUUGCCGCUCGAGAGCCACCUCGACCACCGUCUCCACGACCACAUGAACGCGGAGAUCGUCACGAAAACCAUAGAGAAUAAGCAGGAUGCAGUCGACUAUCUCACCUGGACGUUCCUCUACCGGCGGCUCACGCAGAACCCCAACUAUUACAACCUGCAAGGGGUCACGCACAGGCACCUGUCGGAUCACCUCUCGGAGUUAGUGGAGACCACGCUGACGGAGCUGGAGCAGUCCAAGUGUAUCGCCAUAGAGGACGACAUGGACGUGCAGCCUCUCAACCUUGGAAUGAUCGCGUCCUACUACUACAUCAAUUACACUACCAUAGAGCUGUUCAGCCUCUCGCUGACCAGCAAGACAAAGAUCCGAGGUCUUCUGGAGAUCAUAUCCUGCGCCGCGGAGUAUUCAGACCUGAGCAUCAGACAUCGCGAGGAGAAUAUCAUCAAGGCACUGGCUGCCAAGGUACCCCACAAGCCGACGUCGUCGACGGGCGCGGUGAAGUACAACGACCCUCACGUGAAGGCGCACGUGCUGCUGCAGGCGCACCUCUCGCGCACGCAGCUGCCCGCCGAGCUGCAGGCCGACACCGCCAUCGUGCUCACUAAGGCCAUACGGCUGAUCCAGGCGUGUGUGGACGUGGUGUCGUCCUCGGGGUGGCUGUCCCCCGCCGUGGCGGCCAUGGAGCUCGCGCAGAUGGUCACUCAGGCCAUGUGGGCCAAAGACUCGUAUCUGCGCCAGCUGCCGCAUUUCACGCCCGAGCUGGUGCAGCGCUGCGCCGACAAGGGUGUGGAGACGGUGUUCGACGUGAUGGAAUUGGAAGACAGCGCGCGAGCCAAGCUGCUGCAGCUGUCGCCGACUGACAUGGCCGACGUGGCGCGCUUCUGCAACCGGUACCCCAACGUGGAGCUGGCUUACGAGGUGAAGAAUGAGCGUCGCUUGCGCGCGGGCAAGCCUAUAGUGGUGGAGGUGUCGCUAGAGAGAGAGGACGAUAUCGUCGGCCCUGUCAUCGCGCCGUUCUUCCCGCAGAAACGCGAGGAAGGCUGGUGGGUGGUGAUUGGGGAUCCGAAGACCAAUUCGCUGCUGUCGAUCAAGCGGGUUUCCCUCGCUCGCAGCGCCAAGGUUCGCUUGGACUUCGUCUGCGGAGCACCCGGCCGCCAUACCUACACACUAUACUUCAUGUCGGACGCUUAUCUCGGCGCCGACCAGGAGUACAAGUUCAAUGUUGAAGUGGCCGACCCUGCCUCCGACUCGAGUGACAACGAGUGAACAGUGUCCAGCUCUUGGUGUAUGUGGACUGUAGGUGUACUGGAUGGUGAGAGGUCGAGGGUUCUAGUUUCGUCUGCAGCAAAACACCAGAUUUUUCCUUGUCGGCCAUUCAUUUCGUACAAUAUUACCAUGCCAAAAAAAUAUUAUUAUUUUAUACUUGUGUUGCCAGCAACAAACAGGAAUUGGGUAGUUUCCUAGGUCAAAGAUAAAUUAUGAAAUCCUGAUUACUAAAUAAAGACAGAUCUAAAAGUGACAAAAACAUUGUUUUUAGUUUACGCGGUUAUUGGCCCCGAUUCCUGCAGACAGCUCCUUAUUUUAC